AUGAGCAGUGCCCCAAAGACAAUUCAUCUCCGAUCGCGACUGAUUCCGAAAACGAACCCUUCGUUGAAGCAAAGGACGAUACAGACCAGGACUAAAAACCAUCUCGAACCCGUCAUACUCCUCCAGCCUCAUCAAAACGACCCCCAACAGCUUCUUCUGGCCGCAUCACUCGCUCUCAUAAAAGGUCUCAAGACACCAGAGCGUAAAAAACCUUUGCCAUCGCCCGAUAACUCACCUCCAAAUUCGCCUUCCGAUUCAGACUAUCCCAACGGUAAUAUGGCGUCAAAACCACCGUCACCGUCAAUGGAUUCUACUCAGGAGUUUGCCAGAUUCAACCCUAAUUUCGAGAUCUUUGACAGCGUUUGCUCUCUUAAACUUGACACAAAUUCGGACUGGGUUAAAUGGAGCAAACUGCUAUUUAAGGGUCUCAAGCUCAUGGAUCCACGCCUUCCGCUGAUUGCAAGGGGCGAGAUCACAGAUCCUGCCGGAGACAACGUGACGGACGAAUCUUUGCGUCUCUCUACUAGGGUUGCGUUUGGAUUAGGCCCGGGGAAGAUUACGGAAGCCCAUAUUAAAGCCUUCAAAGAAGAUAUUGUCAAGCAGUCCUUCGAAUUCAACGACCUCAACGACCAAGGCAGAGUCUUGAUUCGGCGUGUUCUCUCGCCCGACGUCUCUGCUCGAAUCGGUGAAGAGUUUGCCACCAUGCAUGACUUUUUUCGCGCGCUCAAGCAUCUAUAUGGGAGGCCCUCAUAUCUAUACUAG